AACAAACCAUGAGGAGGCAUUGCCAAGCUCUCUCAUGCUGUCUCGUCGUCCUCCUCUUCUUCAUCCUCGUCUCGUCCAGCAGCGCUUCCACUCUAGAGCACAUGUGCAAGUACAUCGCCAGAACCCGCAAGGAUAUCGGCUACGACUACUGCAUCAAGUUUUUCCAAGCCAACAAAACUAGCGCCACCGCCGACAACCGCGGCCUUGGCGUUAUCGCCACGCAGAUCAGCCGCGCAGUAGCCUCGGACACCCUCAAGCGAAUCGACACACUCCUGGCUUCGGAGAAGGACAAGAAGAUCCAUGCGCCCCUCUCUGACUGCCGCGUGCUGUACUCAGCCGCGGUGAACUUGCUCAAGGUGGCGGCGAACCUCAACGCCGUGGUAUUGGACACCUACACCUGUGAGAAUGGGUUCCGCGUGCUAGGCGUGACUUCACCACUGGCCGCGGAGGACGCCAGGUUCCUUAAGGACUGCUCCAUCGCUCUCAUUAUAACGAGCACGUUCUGGUAGACAGCUCUAGUUACGAGUCCAUGAUCAUUUGGAUCCUUCAAUAAACUCUUUGAACCCACAAUUUCAGAUCAUUGAUUUCGAUUUUGGGUAUAUCGAUUUUCUGGAUCAUUGCUCUAGUUACAGAGUUUCUUUGGGACCAACUAUUCGUAAGUUGCCUAAAAAGUUAUUCUGGGUAAGUCGAUUUUCUGGAUCA